AUGCCUCAUUCGGCUUCAAGCUCAGAACAAGAACAUUUACCGCAUAGCGACGACGGUAUAACAAUACAUUGGACCCGGCGACAGCCUUUGGCUACCUCGUCCGGCAAAAACGCUGAUAUUGUUCAGCGAGACGCGAAGGUAGUUUGGCGACUCAAGGAUGCGAUACGCCUUCAAGUUGGUAGUACGUCCCAACCCGUCUCUCUCGUAACGGUCAGCUCCGAAACAGCCCCGACCCCUGCCAAACGGGCAAGGAGCGUCCGGGAGCGCUCCCAUAAUAGCCCAAAAUUCCGUUCAUUGUCCGGCACGGCUAUUGGCAGCUUGAGAACCUCCGGUUAUGGGCAAUGGGCAGAUCAGGCUGAAGUCAACAGUUCGUCAGAAGAGUCGGAGUCUGAGGACAACCAACCCAAUAUUCCUGGGGCACUGGGCGUGCCGGAAAGGUCUUUUGGCGAGAGUGUGAUAGCCCUCGUCAACAGAGACUGGCUCCCGGAUCCACCCUCCUUGUUGAAAGAAAGUCCGGUUCCAAGGCGACCUGUUGCGUCACGAUCAGCAAGCAAUUUCGAGCCCCGCGUGAAGACCCGCAUUGCUCUACCCCGCACGCCGCAUGCGCGUUCGAGGCGGAUUCUGGCACCCAACUCUUCAGAUCUUCCUCUCGUGACUGUUACGAUGCGCGCCGAUAUCCAGUUCAUUGACCGGAAACAUAAGUACCGAAUAUCUGGGCAUUCGCUGCCUAGCCAGUCUGUCGAGUCUAAACGUGUCCAAGACGCAUGCAUCCUCGGUGACACGGUAUUGCUUGGCUACGGUCACGGACCCUGUCAAGUCGGCAUCCUAAAAGUGACUUCUGAUACUCCAAAACUCAUUGACAUUGAUGGGUCAUGUCAUUCGUCUCCAGAGUCUAGCAAAGGGGCCGGUGUUAGCUGCAUCGCUCCACUUUCGAAUGGCAGUGAUUCACGCCUGAAAUUCCUUACAGGUGGAUAUGAUCGUAGUAUAUACCUAUGGUCCUUUAACCAUCAUGGGGCAACAAGUGGUGCAAAGACUAAAAGGCUUGACGUCUUCCAUGAAGCCCCUGUGUCCGCGAUGGCAUACAAGCAGAUAUCACAACUCCUCGUGUCUUCUGACUCCCAAAGGCUGUACUUGACGGACCUUGUCAAGGGUCACACCGGCAAGCCAGAGCCUGUAUCCAACGCCGUAACACAGAUUCAUGUCCACCCACAGGAUUUAAAUAUCACCAUCCUGGAGGGAAACUUCGGUAGACCACCUUGCGCGUCCUUUGGUCGUAGGUUGGCAAAAUUCGAGCCCAGCCACACCCGUGGUUGCGCCAAUUAUUCUUUGUUCGCGCGCGGACACAGCGAUCGUUCCGUCCUUGUGUGGGAUUAUCGCAACCCCAAGAAGGUCAUAACAAAUUGGCAGCAUGACCAGGCCGAGUCGGCCGUACACACAAUAUUUGACGGCUUAAGGGUAGUCACGUUCGGGGGAAACGUCGUGAACAUCUAUGAUUGCCUGCAGGCCUAG